ACGAACUUUUCAUCCAACCAUUCAUCAAACUGUGCUAAACGUUUGAUAGGUUUGAAGCCCAACUCGGAAGUACGUCAUCACCGGGUAGAAAGGAGGAACACACCGUGUGACACAGACACCCUAAGUAAUGUUGAGGAUGACGGUUUCCCGUUUGACGUCGACAUCACCGUCGGCGGCGACCUUAUCGACGCCGUUUUCAUGGUGGUCCGUCAGUUAUCAAACACCUUUCAUGAAAUCUAUGAAUAACCCUCGUCGUUUUCCACUCUUCUUUUGCUCCGAUUCAAACCCUAUCUCCACCAUAGACUCUACUCAAGAAUCUUCAUCUAAACAGGGGAAUUUGAAAUCUGGGUUGUACCUAGUGGGAACUCCAAUUGGAAACCUAGAAGACAUUACGUUAAGAGCUCUGCGUGUGCUAAAAUCAGCUGAUGUGAUACUUGCAGAGGAUACAAGACACUCGGGCAAACUACUUCAACACUACAGUAUUAAAACUCCCCUUCUGAGCUAUCAUAAAUUCAACGAGGCCCAAAGAGAGCAGUCGAUAUUGAAGAGAUUAAUUGACGGUGAGAUCAUAGCACUCAUCAGUGACGCUGGGACACCGGGCAUCAGCGAUCCUGGCUCUGAACUGGCAAAGUUGUGUGUGGAGGCGAAUAUUUCUGUCAUACCAAUUCCAGGACCUUGUGCAUUUGUGGCUGCUCUUUCAGCUUCGGGUUUGUCUACAGAAGAGUUUUCAUUUGUUGGGUUUCUUCCCAAAAAUGCGAGUGCAAGAAGAGAGAGACUGAUGGUUUCGGCAAAUGAAGCGGCUACUCAGAUAUUCUAUGUUCCGCCACAUAAGCUUUCACAGUUUCUUGAAGAGUCUUCGGACAUUUUUGGUGACUUGAGGCGAUGUGUGAUGGCACGAGAGAUAACAAAAAUGCAUGAAGAGUUUUGGCGAGGUACUCUAGGGGAAGCCAAGUCAGCAUUCUUUGAUCGCCAACCCAAGGGAGAAAUCACAUUUUUGAUUGAAGGAAAACCGUUUUGUGAGGAUGAAACGCCAUCAGAGGCUCAACUCGAGAGUGAAUUGGGAGCAUUAAUCUCCAACGGGCAUAGCCUUUCUUCGGCUGUCAAAUUGGUGGCUGCAGGAUCAUCAAUGAAGAGAAAAACAAUAUAUUCACUGGCAUUAAGAAAAUUUGGAAAACAACAUGAUGGAUUAAAUGAUGUAGAUUGAUGCAUAUGAUCUUAUUAGGUUUUGUUCUAGUUUUACAUCUUAAUCAUAGGUUGUUUUUUUAUUUAUUUUUAUUUUGUCAGUUGAAGAUGUGGUUUUGCAUUUGGUUCCCAUAAUUUGGAACAUGCUAUUUUACAGUUAGUGAUUGUGUGCAUUUAAAUUA